AUGGCUCCUCAUUCUUCGUCAUCGUCAUCAUCAUCGGAAGAUGGUUCCAACAAAGAAGAACGACCCGUGGUCCGAUCCACCGCCGAGCCCUACCCACCACCGUCUCCACAACCUCACCAGCCACCGGUUCCACCCCAUCAACCAAUAGGGUUCCCUCCCGUUAUGGGCUAUCCCCAACCCUAUUCAAACAACUACCCUAAUAACAACGGUAACGGUUACCACAACCCAUAUAAUCCCUACACUCAACCCCCACCGCCCCAGUAUUUCACAAACCAAACCUACUACGGCGGCUCCGGCAACAACGGCGGCUCCUCCUUCCUCAAGGGCUUUUUCGUCACGUUGAUAAUUAUAGUACUCCUGAUCUGCGUGUCCACCAUCAUAACAUGGGUCAUCCUACAUCCACAAGUCCCCGUCUUCCACGUGGAGAGGCUGGCCGUGAGCAACCUUAACCUAUCGAAGACUGAUUUCUCCGCCACUUGGGACGCCAACUUGACGGCGGAGAAUCCCAACCAAAAGCUCAAACUCAACUUCCAUAAAAUCAAGGGUUUUGUCUUCUUCAAGGAGCGAUCGUUGUCGUUCUCGGAUGUUGACCCGAUGUUCUUGGAGACGAAGACACGUGGCACCUUGAAGUUGAGGCUGGCGAGCAACCAGACGAAUGAAGAUGUGAUCGGAGACUGGGCGGUGGACGAGAUGCGCCGGGAACGAGACCGCGGCUUUCUGACUUUGAAUGUGAGACUGGCCGUGUUUGCGACAUUCAAGUCCGGUUCUUGGUGGACCAGGCAUGCGUUUAUGAAGGUUUUUUGUGACAAUUUGGACGUUCGAUUCGUGGGUUCUGAAGCUAAGGGAGUUUGGACUGGUGGUAAUAAUUCUCCAAAAUGUGAGGUUUUUUAA